AUGAAUUCCAUUUCCUUCGCUAUUGUUGAAGUUGGCCAGCAUGCUGCCCUGUUGCACCAGGAACAGCCCGAGCCAGUGAAGUUGCAGCUGCAGAUCGAGCUACUGUUCCAUUUUCAAGUUUCGAGCCUUGUUGCUCAAGUCAGAGCUGAACUUGCUUGCACUUGGUUCUUAACACCAACAGCAGUCAUACAAGUUUUCUCAAAAACUCCAACAGGCCUUGUAGUUAGAGGAAAUGACACUGAUCAACAAGCAUUACUCCAGUUCAAAGCCAAGAUUACUGAUGAUCAGCUUAGGGUCAUGGAGUCCUGGAAUAGUUCCAUUCACUUUUGUCAGUGGCAUGGCGUUACAUGCGGUCGCAACUUCUAUAACCAGAUUCCUCAAUCGAUUGGUGGUUUAAGGAGACUGGAAACAUUAUAUCUGACCAACAACUCCGUAAGUGGUGAAAUUCCUUCCAAUUUAUCUUCUUGCUCUAAGCUCACAAUAGUUCGUAUGGCAGGCAACCGGCUAACAGGAGAAAUACCUGCUUUUCUGGGUUUCUUGUCAAACUUGAAAGUCUUGAGUUUUUACAACAACAGUUUGAGAGGGAGUAUCCCACCUUCAUUGGGUAAUUUGUCAUCCUUGGAGGAACUUGCCUUGACAUAUAAUGCAUUAGAUGGGAUUAUACCUGAAACUCUCGGACGGCUAACAAAUCUUUCAAUUUUUUUGGCAGCAGCAAAUGCAAUUUCUGGUACGCUUCCUGUUGCAAUGUUCAAUCUUUCCAAUAUUAGGUUCUUUGAUAUUGGUGAAAAUAAGAUUCAAUGUACUCUUUAUACUGACUUAGCGAUCACUAUGCCAUAUGUUGAGUUCUUUUCUGUAAGGGGAAAUAAAAUCUCCGGACAAAUCCCGAUUUCAAUAACCAAUGCCUCAAAUCUAGACGUACUUCAAUUUAAUGAUAAUAGACUUAGUGGAAAGGUGCCUUCCUUGGAGAAGUUGGAUAAACUAUCUACGCUUCAACUUGCCGUAAACGAUUUGGGACAUGGGAGAGAAGGUGACUUGAACUUUCUCUGCACUUUAGUCAAUAAUACCAAAUUAGAAUUUCUAUUUAUUAGUGACAAUAAUUUUGGAGGGGUAUUUCCUAAAUGCGUCAGUAAUUUUUCCAACACCCUUUUACGGUUAGAAAUAGACGAGAACAAAAUAAUGGGAAGAAUCCCAGAUGGGAUUGGUAAUCUCGUCAAUUUGGAGGUAUUAUUUGCAUCAGAAAAUCAAAUGUCUGGUCCCAUACCAUUUGAGAUUGGGAGGCUUCAAAAGCUAAACAAAUUUUUCUCUCCGGGGCUAUUCCCCAUUCUAUUGGAAAUUUAUCGGCGUUAA